AUGAACGGGCUCAGCGACCCGCCUCUUUUUAUAAAAGACAUUAAGCCCGGACUGAAAAACUUAAAUGUCGUCUUUAUUGUCCUGGAGAUAGGACGCGUGACCAAAACCAAAGACGGCCACGAGGUGAGGUCCUGCAAAGUGGCCGACAAGACGGGCAGCAUCACCAUCUCCGUGUGGGACGAGAUCGGCGGCCUCAUCCAGCCCGGGGACAUCAUCCGGUUGACCCGCGGGUAUGCAUCCAUGUGGAAAGGGUGUCUGACGCUUUAUACUGGAAGAGGCGGAGAACUUCAGAAAAUCGGGGAGUUUUGUAUGGUUUAUUCAGAAGUGCCAAAUUUCAGUGAACCCAAUCCAGACUACCGAGGACAACCAAACAAAGGGGUACCUAGUGAACAGAAGAAUAAUUCCAUGAAUGGUAAUAUGGGUACAGGUACAUUUGGAUCAAUGGGAAAUGGGGUUCAGCCCAGCCCAGAACCACGGGGAUGCCAGUUUUCCUUUGCUGGUAGAAGCAAUGGCCGGGGGACUGGGAGCCAGCAGCCAGCUGGAGCAGCUGGUAAUCAGACAGGCACGGCCACAAUGAGUAAUGGCAGGGACCCUCGGAGAGCCUUGAAAAGAUGA